AGCAGCUUCUUCGUUUUAAUUUCUUCCAUAGUUGAUGUUAUAUUCUUUUAAUUUUUCGAAUUAUUCUCAAAUUGGCAUAUUAAUUGCUAAUAUAAUACUAUAAAUCAAAAUUUAAUUCCAUUAUUUUUAUAAUAAUUGUGUAAUUAAGCACACUACUAAAAUAAAUAACAUCAUUACUUUGGGCCCAAGGAAAACACUACAAUUUUCAAGCCUUUUUGUAUGGUCAAACAAACAAAAGGAAUAUGGAAGACGAGAGGAAGGCAUAAUCCUUGCAUCCCAAGUAACACAUGACCGACCACCUAGCAUUCCACUUCUAUAUUAGAGCUUUCAAAUUUCAUAUAGAAAUAAAUCCACUAGUUUACCUCACGCUCUUCCAAGUUUAGCAGUGUUCUUUUUGGAUUACCCAUCAAGAAGAACCCUUUCAGUGCACAACAGAGAAGAAACCACCACAAGCAGCCCCAACAAUGGUGUCCCUCACCCUACAGAAGCGGCUUGCUGCAAGUAGUCUCGACUGUGGCAAGCGCCGAGUAUGGCUCGAUCCCAACGAGACCUGCACCAUCUCCUUAGCCAAUUCUAGAAUGAGCAUCAGAAAGCUCAUAAAGGAUGGUUUGAUCAUCAAGAGGAUGACAACAAUCCACUCGAAGUUUCGAUCUCGACAAAGCCACGAAGCAAAAUCAAGAGGACGACAUUCUGGGUAUGGAAAACGAAGAGGAACAAAGGAAGCAAGGUUACCCACAAAGCUGCUAUGGAUGAGAAGAAUGAGGGUCCUCCGAAGAUUACUGCGCAAAUACAGAGAAUGUGAGAAGAUAGAUAAGCAUAUUUAUCAUCAAAUGUAUACUAGAGUGAAGGGAAACGUCUACAAAAACAAGCGUGUGCUGAUGGAAAACAUUCACAAGGUCAAGUCCGAAAUAGCAUCAGAAAGAACACUUUCUGCACAGGUCGAGGCCAAGAGAGCAAGAAACAGUAAAGCUACAGUAAGCGUUGUAAAGCAGAAAGAUUACACUGCCAUUACAGGCUCUGGCAGCGACAAAAUUCACACAUUCAGGGAAUGUCUUUCUUAUGGAGUGGAAGCUUCAUAAAACUGUUGAUUAGAACAUAAGUGCAUAAUUGUCCUUUUAUUUUUGCAAGAUCAGAUGUAUUUGUAUAUUUGUCACCAGUUCUAUAUUGUAAUGCUUGUUAUUUAGGCUACUUUUUAUUUUGCAUAGCAUGCCAGAAUUUGAAUAAGUAUUGUAGAGGAAAAUAAAUCAGUUGCAAGUUAAAUGGAUUGUGCAUAACCAUUUAUUAACUAUAUGCUUUACAGUAUGUAGCUUGAUUGUCAGUUCAAAUAGAAGGAAGAAAGCAUCAUACUGCAACUCAUAAUGCUUUUCCUGCUGAA